AUAACAAGAAUGUUUAACUGGGGGUCUAUUGUUGUGACCGUGAUGCUGUUUGUUCUGUUGACGCCGGGGCUGCUGUUUCAGGUUCCAGGGCGUUCGAGGUGCAUCGAGUUUGGAAACUUUCAGACAAGUGCUGCUGCCAUUGUUGUUCAUUCUCUCCUCUAUUUUGGUCUUGUUUGCUUAUUCUUGAUUGCUGUUAGGGUCCACUUUUACAUAGACUAGCUAGUUAAUCACUUCUUAUAAUUUUCACUUCUACUUAAUUAUACGUAUUUCUGACUAUGUUCCCCUAAAUAAGUGUUUGUAAUCUUUUUCCUUGAGAAGUGUAUCUUUUUC